AUGUCCAGCCUGGAUUUGAUCGACCGGAAGCCCGAGGAAGCCAACAAUUCCGCUCCAGAGGCGGACGCUACCAUGCGGAACCGCGACGUUCCCUCCGGCAGUGAUGAGCCCCCCGCGAAGAAAGCGCGACUAGGAGGGACCUCGGACUCCGACCAAGUGCGCGAUGCACGUGACAGGGGAAUUGCACCGAUCAAGGCAGAAUACCGGAUUCAAACUAAGCCCAAGCCCAAGCCUAUCGAACCCGAGAUCGACCCCGAUGAUGCUGCCGAAGCUGCUUCUCAUGCCGAACGCGAGGGCGACAGCAGAGACAACAAGAAGAACAAAAAGAAGAAGAACACUGGCCAAAACACUAACCGAAGUUUCGGCAGUUCCAAAGACGCCAAAGGCCUCUGUGGUUCAAGAAUGUUCAGUCCGGAGUUCUCACCAGGACAGUGCCAGUUUAACGAGAAAUGCCGAUUUGAGCACGACUUGCGUCUCUACCUGAAAGAACACAAGCGCGAGGAUCUUACAACCUUGAAUGGGAUGUGCCCUGUGUACGAGGCCCUGGGCAAGUGUUAUUCAGGAUGGAAGUGCCGGCUGGUUGGAUCGCACUCGCAGGAGAGAGAGACGGCAGAUGGCAAGAAGGAGCUUGUUCUUUUAGAAGAUGAGGAACGGAUGGCCAAGGCCAAACCGCGCGUCCCAUUUGCGACGGACGACGGACUUGUCAAUAUCAUUGCCAACGAGAAUAAAAUUGCUCUGGCGCGGAAAAAAGAAGUCACCAUUCGUGCCAAUGCCGUCAAUGAUUGGCUCCACAAGUCUGGUCAGGAAUUAGAACAAUACCUGCACAGUGGAAAGAAGAAGGCGGACGAGGAUACUGAAAAGAGCGCGGUUGAAGAUCCUGUAGUGACCAACGGCGAAACUGAAAAGUCCGAUGCGGACAAUGUCAAAGAGGAGAAAGAAGAGCAGCGGGCACAGUUUACCGAACCGCCUUUCUUGCCAUCUGAGAAGCGUCGCAUUUACUUCGGACCUGAGACUCCUACUCUGGCACCUUUGACGACACAGGGGAAUAUGCCUUUCCGACGACUUUGCACAGAUCUGGGAGCCCAAUUCACCUACUCUGAAAUGGCCAUGAGUAUGCCGCUCAUUCAAGGCGCAAAGUCGGAAUGGACUUUGAUGAAGGCGCACGAGUCGGAAAUGCUUCCACCGGCUAUCACGAAAGGGGACAACGUGGUCCAAGGCUACGAUAAUUCCAAAGAUUUCAAAUUUGGAGCACAGAUCGCUGCCAACAAACCCUGGCAGGCCGUGAAAGCUACCGAGGUUCUUUCGAAGUUCACUCCCCACUUGCGUGUGAUCGACUUAAACUGUGGAUGCCCAAUUGACCUUGUCUUCCGAGAUGGAGCUGGAUCUGCUCUGCUCGAUCACCACUCCAAACUGGAGAAAAUCAUUCGCGGUAUGAAUAUGGUCUCCCAGGAGAUUCCCAUUACGGUGAAGAUCCGCAUGGGUGUCAGAGAUAACUACCCCACUGCGCUGAAGCUCACUGAGCGCCUUAUUCUGGGUGGCUACGAAUCUAGUCUCCUUGGUGUGGGUCCUCCAGGUGUCGCGGCCAUCACUCUCCAUGGACGAAGCAGACAACAACGAUACACCAAAGAGGCAGAUUGGAGCUAUAUCGCUGAUUGCGCAGCCUUAAUCAAGCGUAUGAAUGAAAAGACAGACGUCGCCACCGACACUAUCCGUGAGCCUGAUGCCCGCUUCCAGCCGAAUGGUGGAAAAACCUACUUCCUCGGAAACGGUGACUGCUACUCGCAUGCCGACUAUGAUAACCACGUUAAAAAUGCUGGAGUGGAUUCGGUCAUGGUGGGCCGUGGUGCCCUGAUUAAGCCAUGGCUGUUCGAGGAAAUCCAGACGGGACAAUAUCUUGACAAAUCUGCAUCGGAGCGUCUUGCCUAUAUCGAGAAGUUUGCCAAGUACGGUCUGGAGGCUUGGGGAUCUGAUGAGCACGGUGUCGGUACAACCCGACGAUUCAUGCUGGAGUGGCUGAGCUUUGCCCAUCGCUAUGUUCCCAUCGGACUACUGGAGUACCUUCCGCCCCAUAUUAACGACCGACCUCCUGCCUGGCGUGGUCGCAAUGAAAUGGAGACUCUCUUGGGCAGUGACAACUACAAGGAUUGGAUCAAGAUUUCCGAGAUGUUCCUUGGUCCUGCUCAUAAGGACUUCAAGUUUGAGCCUAAGCAUAAGUCUAAUUCUUAUGACCAGGCUGAGGGCUAA